AUCGUUAGGCUCACUUUUAGCGUUUGGGAUGGAUGUGCGUGUUGCAGUAGAAAUGAGGAUUUAGCAAAAAAACCCUAUGAACACGAAAGAGUCACGUGACUAAGUCGGGUCUUCCAAGUCUUUAGAAGCUACAAGCUACAUGGAGCCCGCUGCUCUAGCUGUCGUAAGUCAUCUCUAGUCAAGUUUUUCAUGAUUGCUUCUCGGUAGAGCAGGUUUCAUGAAGGCGUUUUGCAACGGUGUACCAUAGAUCAUCUUGCUAAGGCUGCGCAUCAAUCGUGGUUGAAAUGGAUUGGAAAAUCAAUGACUCACCCACAAAGCCGAAAAGCCGAUACUUUGUCUCUCUUCCUCUCUCGUAAACUAUCAGCUUCUUCUCAAUACCUUCUCUACCGCUGGAGCCGAAAUACUAAGAUUUCUUCGGCGAACCCAACCAACUUAUCGAACCACUUCACACCAACACGUAUCCCAAGACCGAUGGAUCGACACAGUCUCACGCGCUCACAAACGGCGUCGUCAAACAUGCCGCUCGAAAGCACUCGAGAUUCAAGUCCCCUCCAAACCCCCGAGCUGAUUGAGCGCAUGGCCUCCAACCUCGACGUCCCAGACCUAAUCCGCUUCGUCAAAGUUUGCAAGCAGUGGAAAGAAGUCGUAGAUAAUUCUCCGACGCUUCGACACUAGAUGUGGAAAUGCCAGCUGACGCGCCUGAGAUCCCCUGUGGAAGUACAAAUUCCUGGAAGCCCAUAGAGAAUCCGAAAUCUUUUCAUCUGCCGUCCAGCACCUAGUAUGUGUCGUAUGUUCAAACUUGGCAAGAUGCUGAAUCCAGCCCUUGAGCAUUUCUUCGCCAGAAUUGGGACAAGACCUUCCUUGUAUAGAAUCAAUGCCGAACAGCCUGAAAUAAUGGAGCUGACCUUCACCCAUGAGGGUAAAGCUCCACUUCUUUCUAACGGCUUCCAGCACAAGACCGCGUCUUGCCGGGACAUAUUCAUCUCGAUUCCUCUUAUGAAGGAGCUUCAGAUUCGCUUCGAGACGACUGGACCCUUCCUAGAUGUCUUGGCACGAGUCACUAUCCGAAAUCCAAAUACGGUUCGGCGAGUUGCUCGAUGCUAUGCGCGAUAUUGAU